AUGCGCGCCGGCUCGCAGUACCCUGAGGAAGAGCCGGCCGGGCCGCCGCCGCCGCCGGUAAUGAAUGCCUUCAUGAAGCCACGCAAGACUGCCACGAAGCCGCCACGGGAGUGGGUCCCAGUGAACCUGCAGGUGCCUGAGGAAGACCCGGAGGACGAGUUCGACAUUGCCACCGCGCAGAAGCCCGUGUACGAGAACCCGGAAAACCCCGCGUCUGCCGCUGGUGCUACUGCCCCAAAGGUGCGGUUCGUGAACGGCGAGCCCGACGUCACGGGCGAGGUGACGAACUGCUUCGAGGAGCCCGGGCUGCUCUACCGCAUCGUCGACCGGCCCAACAAGAUGUGGUCCUUCUACAACGACAGCCGCUCCUUCGAGGUGCACGUCGUGUGCACCUUUGGCAAGCACAGCAAGAUCACGCCGCUCGAAAACACGAAGAUGACGCGUGAUGAAAACACGGGCGAGUACGUGAUGGAGUUGACCGUCUACCCUGGCGAGACGGAGCCCUUCAUCAAGGGCUUCGUGAACGGCUUCGCGAGCAAGCUGAGCGCGCUGCCGCUGUCGCAGGAGUACUUCCAAGCCCGCAGCGAGGCACAAAAUCGGCAGGUUGUGCAGGUGGAGAUGGACGCCAUCCGCGCCAUCACCGGCGACGAGACGGAUGCGGAGCGCAUUCUGCAGGUCUGCCUGGAGAACGGCCUUCCCUUUGUCGACCUCUCCUUCCCGCCUGUGCAGUCGUCCAUCGAGUCGGGGGCGUCGAAGCCGUUCAAGCGGCUGCCGUGGGGCCGGCCACGCAUGUACGUGAAGCCGGAGCUGCACGAUCAGAUUCGACUCUUCCGCAACCGCAUCUGCCCCGGCGAGGUCGAGCAGGGCGAGCUGGGCGACUGCUGGCUCAUGUGUGCAGUGGCCACGCAGGCCGAGGACCCGAAAGUGGUCAUGCAAAUGUUCCGGCACCCGAAGGGCGCCGACUCGGCGCGGUGCGAGCGCGCGAUCGGUGCGUACCGCGUGUCCUUCAACAAGAACGGCCUCUGGCGUAGCAUCCUUGUGGAUGACUACUUUCCCGUCAUCGCCGGCGCGCCGGCCUUCGCGCACAGCCGCGACCUGUGCGAGCUGUGGCCGGCAGUUCUCGAGAAGGCGUUUGCCAAGAUGCACGGCAGCUACGCUAUGAUCCAGUCGGGUGACCCGAUGCACGCACUGACGGACAUGACGGGCUUCCCGGCCAUGCGCAUCGACGAAAUGGUCACCAAGGCAACCGUCCAUAGCGGCCACGACCUGGAGUCGAGGAUGAUCCAGUGGCAAAGGAAGGGCUACCAGACCAUCCUCACGACGUCCGGCAAGGCGCCGGCGAUCCCGGCGGACGCGCAGAGCUUGCCGGACUUCUCCGACCAGCCCGAGAUGGAGGAGGCGUUCGCCGGCACCGGCUUCCUGCCCGGCCACGCCUACUCCGUGCUGGAUGUGAAGGAGUUCCAGAAGGGCCAGAUACGCCUGGUAUGCCUGCGCAACCCGUGGGUGUACGGUAGCGGCUGGACGAGGGCGUGGGCGUGGGAUUCCCUGGAGUGGCAACAGCACCGCGAUAUCGCCACCGCGUGCGGCUUCCCCAACCACAAGGGCGACACUAGCAUCGUCUGGAUGACCUUUGAGGAUGCGCUCAAGUACUUCAUCGGCGGUGGUGUACUUUUCCGCGCGCCGGCAGCGCACGACGCGCGCGUGCCCAUUACCUUCGCCGACUGCAAGCCCGGCGCCGUCUUUCAGGUGUCGGUGAAGGCGCCGACGGACGUCACGUUCAUCUUGUCGAACAUGGACCACCGCGGCAUGCACGUCGACGAGGCGGGUGCGGCCGAGUCCGACCCGAACAACAUGGACUACCCGCCCGUGAUGUUGUCGCUUGCCGCGCCGGUGCCGAACGAAACGGACGUGUACCACGUCGUGCAGAACUCCUCGGCUGACAUGACGCAGCCAUCGGACAACGCGUGGCUGUUCCUGCAGGCGCGCGAGAUUGCCAUGACGUGCCACCUGGAGCCGAGUGCCGCGCCGUAUCUGCUCAUUCCGCGCCUCAUGGAGGGCGACGAGACUGUCAGCAACGGCAACGGCGGAGGCGAGGACAUGCGCGAUUUUGUACACUCCAUCUACUACGUGAACGACCACGUCCACCCUGUGCGGAACGCGUCAAGCGUGAAGGCGAAGGAGGUAGCCGUAACCGUGGGGUUCGAGGCGGAUGAGGAGAUCGGUGACAACGUCGCCGUGAUCAUGUGCAAGAUAGGCGAGAGCAACGCCGUCUUCGAGAACUUUCCAAAGUUCCCGACGGAUGACGUGGAGCCGCACGAGGAGGAGCUGUACUUCCAGACGAAGGAGAGCAGCUGCGGCUAUCCGCAGGAGAAGGCCGGCACGGCCAUCUACUGA